AUGCGCGUUUCUGCUCUUCUUUCUCUGAUUCCUUUCCUGGUUUCCGAGUCCCUCGCUGCCGUGGUGCAGAAGACACUCACACUCUCUAACGAAUAUCGUGCUCCUGAUGGCUUCAACCGCUCCGUCACUCUUAUUAACGGCCAAGAGAUCGGCCCUGUCAUUGUGGGCCAAGUGGGCGACCGCUACGAGAUCAACGUCGUGAACCAGCUCACGGAUAAAAGCCUGGACUUGGGCACUACCAUCCACUGGCACGGUAUCUUCCAGGGUGGUAGCAACGAGUACGACGGCGUCGCGGAUGUUACGCAGUGCCCUAUUAUUCCUGGCGAAUCUUUCCUUUACAACUUCACUGUUCCCGAGCAAUACGGGACGUACUGGUACCACAGCCACUACAAGACCCAGUACUGUGAUGGCGUCCGCGGCGUCUUCGUUAUUUACGACCCUAAUGACCCACACAAAGCUCUUUACGAUGUCGACGAUGAGACGACCAUUCUCACGCUCUCCGACUGGUAUCACUUCCCCGGCCCCCAGCACCCCGUGAUUACCUUCUUCAACUCGACGCUCAUCAAUGGCCGCGGGCGCUACCAGGACGCCUUCGGCUCUGACCUGACCGUGCCCCUUUCUAUCGUGUCCGUCGAGCAGGGUGUACGCUACCGCAUGCGCAUCGUUUCCCUCUCCUGCGAUCCCAACUUCACGUUCAGCAUUGAUGGCCACAACAUGACGGUUAUCGAGGUUGAGGGCGUUAACACCCAGCCUUUGGUAGUCGACCAGAUGCAGCUCUUCACCGGCCAGCGCGUCUCAGUCGUACUCAACGCGGACCAGCCGGUGGACAACUACUGGAUCCGCUCGUUCCCCCAGAGUGCCUCUGCCAACGCCUUGGCGCAAACCUACGACAACGGUCUUAACCAGGCUAUUCUCCGCUACAAGGGUGCACCAGAGGUCGACCCCACCACCACCGACGACAGUGGUCGUCUGCCGUUGAUCGAGACCAACCUCCACCCGCUUGAGGCCAUGCCCGUCCCCGGUACUCCCGCGCCCGGCGCCGCCGACAUCAACAUCCGUCUUGACCUGAAAGCUGUCCCUACCGGCUUCACCGUGAACGACGUCCAAUUCGCCGCGCCGUCCGUCCCGAUCCUGCUCCAGAUCCUCAGCGGCGCGGCCGACGCGCGGAGCCUGCUCCCCGCCGGCGCGGUCUACGAGCUCGAGCGCAACAAGACGGUGGAGCUCGUCAUCCCCUCUGGCUCGAACGGCGGCCCGCACCCCAUGCAUUUGCACGGGCAGAACUUCUGGGUCGUGCGCAGCGCGAGCAAUUCGAGCUAUAACUUUGUGGACCCGAUUGUGCGGGAUGUUGUGAGUAUUGGGAACGCUACUGCGGAGCCUUACGAUGAGGUUACUAUUCGCUUCAACACUGACAACCCCGGCCCAUGGAUCUUCCAUUGCCACAUUGACUGGCAUCUUGACACCGGUCUCGCUGUCGUCUUCACCACAGCUAAGGACGAGGUCCCCGAAGAAGAGCUCGACGGAGAGCCCGCCCAGGCCUGGGAGAACCUAUGCCCCGCCUACGACCACUACAUGGAGCUCAUGGCCACGACUCCGUAA